AUAAUAUUUUUCACGCUGAAGAAACGUCAGCUGCGAUUCAAAUUUUACCGCUCUGUGCUACAGACCUGUAUUUGUUGUCAAACGUCAUAUUUUAUUUAGUUUAUAGACGGAGUUGUGUGUCAGUACGGUACAACGAUGUCUUGUCGCAGAAGUGAAGCUCUGGCAUUCUCUCUGGUAACUGAUAUCAAUCAAGCCAUGGCCAGGCUUGUGGACAUAUGGGACAGUAUCGGCAUCAUGGAGGACCAGAGGGUAGAACGAAUGCAAACUGUGAAAAAACAUAUAGAUGGUCUUUUGCAUUCAAUGAUCAAGGAGGAAGAGGCCUUAAGAAACUGCAUCAAAACCAGUAUCAUUACCUGCCAGAAACAACUGGAUACGCUGUGCUUGGAACUGGGACUGGAACCAUACAAAUUGGAGGAAGACCUUACAGUUCUCCAGAUGGAGAAGAACCUGCGGUGCCGAGUCGAUUCUCUUCUAAAGGAGAAGAAUGAGCGCUUAAGAGAGCUGAAUGAUUUGAAGAAACAGGAUGAGGAGCUGUGCGUGACUUUGUGUGCUACUCCAUAUUACAUUCCAUCGGGAAGUGUGCCUUCUAGAACCCAGCUGCAGGAACUCCAGGAGCACGUUAAGAAACUCGGCAAAGAAAAAGAGAGCAGGGUGAAGGUGUUCUCUGGGCUCAGGGAGGACAUCAGGAGCCUGAUGGAUGAGAUGGGACAUGAACCAGAGAGCAGCCUAGAACGAGAGUCUAUCUGCCCUGACAGUGAUAUUUUUCUGCUCACGCAUGAUAAUAUCAAAGCCUUGAAACUGCUGCUCAGCCAGCUUGAAGUGAAAAAGGAAUCCUUGACUUCAGCCCGAGACAAACUCAAAGAGCGAGCCACGAGCCUGUGGAAUCGUCUGAGUUGUCCCGAGCCAGAAGGCGAGGCGUUCCGUGAGGCUGCCAUGAGCACUCUCUCUGAUGAUAUCAGACGGUGGCGGGGCUAUGUGGAACAUCUGGAGGAACUGCAGAUAGCUCAGCUGGAGGAGGUCAUUGAUAAGGUCCGACAGGAGCUUGUGCUUCUGUGGGACAAAUGUAUGCUUGGACCAGAACAGAGAGAGCCCUUCAGUUUUCACUUUUGUGAUGAUCACUACACUGAAGAGCUGCUGGCCCUUCAUGACAACGAGCUGCUAAGAAUGAAGGCUUUCUAUGAGGCAGCACAGCCCAUACUGGAGGACCUGGAGAACUGGAAGAGGAACUGGACUCUUUUUCAAGAGUUUGAGAGAAAGGCUGCAGAUCCAAGUCGCUUCAGUAACAGAGGAGGGUCUCUGCUCAAAGAGAGUAAGGACAGGGCCAAAGUGCAGAAACUACUGCCAAAGCUGGAAGAGGAGUUAAGAAGCCGUGUGGAAGUUUGGGAAAAGAAUCAGGGGACCUCUUUUCUUGUGCAUGGUCAGAGGAUCAUGGCUUACAUUUCCAGCCAGUGGGAAGAGCAUCGCUUGCAGAAAGACAAGGAGAAGAACGAACGGAUGACUAAGAAAACCGAAACCUCUCAGUUUAAAACUCCGACAAAGAGAGCCCUCGGAUCAACACAUACCACCCCCGUCCCUAACAAAAUUAAAAAGAUGCCCAAUAUGCCGGCACCUCGCAGUGCCACCGUGAGCAGCGCCAGCAGCAGCUUAUCCAGCACAUUUGUGUGUGUGCCAGGAAGACCUCAACUCUCUGCCAAGAGGAACAAGACUACUGAGGCUAGCUCUGGCUCACGUGUGGCGCUGCAGGAGUUCAACAGUGACAAGAAACCGGUUCCAAUCAGCUAUUCGGCCUUUACUAGCGAUCUCUCCAGGAAAGCCAAUACUGAUGCUUUUCUCAAUUCCACCGUUAAAGACAUGCUUUGAUUGGACUGCCAACAUUUGGUACUUUUUUUUAAUGGAGUUUAGGUCACAAAUAAUAAUGUCAGGAUUGAGAUUGUACAGGAUACAAGUAUUCUCAGGUGUUUGUCUUACCUUUGACCAGUGCAGUGACUUUUCGGAGACACUUUUUUUUGUUUGUUUCAAAGUGCAUUAUAAUAUCUAUGUAUUUUUUUUAAGCUUUUUAUAUUUCUUGCUUUAUUUUUAUGUCAUCGUUUACAGCUAGUCAGAUUAUGUAUAUAUUAGCUCAUAAAAGGUCAGUCAUUUCCUUGUGUGUAUAUACAGCACUUUUAAUAAAAUGCUUCCUUAUGUA